AUGGCCGAUGUCACCUCGGCGGUGACAACCGAAAGCCUCGGCGCAUCUGAAAGCAUCGCCGACCGCAUGGCAUCUCUCUUUCCUUCCAUAUUCGCACUGACCAAUCCCGGGUGUAACAAUGAGAAUGACAAGAUGACACAAUCCGUAAGGCUGAAGCGGCGCUCACUUUUCGAAGAUGAGGACGAAGACAACGGACGCCAACAACGAAGAAAGUUUGUCGCCAAGUGUCAGGCUGUCGGCUGUGCAGACGAAUGUGCCUAUGCCCCACGAGACCGACAGGUCAAAGUGAGCGAGAAUUAUCUGGAUCAGAUUCUAGCGGAAAAUCGGCGCCUGAAGGAACAAUCGGUUACUUCGGCUGACGCGGCCGGCGUCAACGAGCCUCCACAAGCAGAACGUAUCCAAAAUCCCAUCAUCGGUGACCGAGCUUGGUUCCACCGCUACGAUCCCUCCUCGCCACCUAUCUAUAUCGGCGAAGCAGCAUGUUCGGCUUUCGCCACACGCUUCCGACGAUUUCUCACAGGGAACAAUGCCACCGCACAUAUCACCCGGACACAAUGGGAGCGCGAGGAGACGAUUGCAGCUGCUGCCAACCAGGCAGAUGUCCAAUGGCCGAGCUUACACCAUGCGCGGUUACUGGUGCGCAUUGCGAUCCAUCAGAUCGGAUAUCUGUACCACUUGAUGAUGCGCAAAUCUACUCUUGACAGGCUUGAGGAGAUCUAUCUAACGGGGGACUUUGAUUGCACCGCGAACAAGUGCAAAUUCUUUGCCCUUUUCGCUUUUGGACAGGCUUAUUCGAUUCGGUCUGAACCAAGCGCUGGCUUGCGAGUUCCCGGAACGGCAUAUUUUGCAAAGGCUAUGAGUUUAGUGCAGAUUCUUCCUGAGAGAACGAGUAUCACGCACCUGGAGACACUGUUGACUCUUUCUCUAUUCUCAUACUACCUCAACCGACGACACUCAGCCUAUGUUCUGAUCGGAAAUGCAAUGCGCAUGGGUCUCACAAUAGGGCUUAAUCACAACAUCCCCGAAUCCCAACUCAUCGACCCGGUUGAACGUCAGCACCGCAUCGAGAUCUGGUGGACAAUCUAUAUCUUUGACCGAAUGUGGGGGUCUAAGAUGGGUCUGCCAAUGCAAAUCCUCGAUGAGGACAUCCAUGUCGACAUGCCGAGUCCCAUCACUCCUCGUUGGCGCCACGAAGAAGAACUUUCAGACACAGAAUACAUGACCGCAAAUAUCCAACUGGCCCGUAUAGUCGGCGAGACGAUCUCAAAGCUCUACAGUCGACGAAAAUACCAAGAAACGUUCCUUCAACGCGUACAGAAACUCCUUAAAGCGCUCAAGAACUGGGUCGAUACCCUUCCCGAAAGCUUAAGACUGAACAUGGAAGACCUUGAGUCGAGCAAGAAACCCAUUGUCUCGCUCCAUAUGGCAUUUAAUCAAUGUGUAAUUCUAACUACCAGGCCAACACUCCUUCACCUCCUCAUCACCCUCCAUAAAAAGAAAGAGAAGAGCAGUGUAACAAACAACGGCACCGGUAUAGCACCAAACGAUGCCUCAACUGGUCAAAUUGAAGAACCAACCGUUUCUCAACCAGUCCUCACGCUCAGCGAAGCAUGUAUCCACGCCGCAAGACAUUCCCACUCAAUGAUCCUAACUCGCUGGAUAAACGGUACAAUGCCGACAUUCGGUUACUUCCACGCCCACUACCUCUUCUCAUCAGCACUCAUCCUCGCCAUGUCCAGCUUUGUGCCCAUCGGCAAUCCAAACGACAUGAGCUGUUUCGACUCCGCCCUCGAUCUCUUGCGCUCGAUGUCUGAAAAUGGAAAUCUCGCCGCAGCCGAGUUCUACCAUAACCUCGAGCAGGUGAAAAUGUGUCUAGACACGUAUCGCGGUAUACCACCUCGACCGCGACGCAACGAUGCUGUGAGUGGUAGUAGCAGCACUGGCAGCGUUGCUGCUGGUAUUGGCGGUGGCAGUGGCAGUGGUAUCGGCAUGAACAGCGGCGUUGGCAUCAACAACGCGGAAAAAUUGCCCACCGAAUUUACCAGCAACGCCAUUGGAAAUCCACCAGGGGCAUUCCCUGCCAUGCCAUCGCUCUCGCUCUCGCUCUCCGAGCCCGGGGCUGGCGGGACCAGUAUCCUGCCCCCACACCAUUCACAUUCUAAUUCUACACCCACCCAGACAGCUGCUGGAGCAGGGGCAGGUGCAGCAUUAACACCAGGCCUAUCGGCAGAAAAUGAACAUUUACUCAGCGGAUCCGCACUGGCGCCACCCCCGCCGUCAUCCACGCACACAACGUCGGAGCCAUAUACGUUCCCGGCGCGUGAAACGAUAAGCGGGUAUACGACACAGAUGGCAUUUUUGGAGCCGACGAUGCAGGACUUUUUGGCGCAGUCGGAUAUUGAUCUCGGGCUUUUGCAUCCGGUUGAUACUUUUCUUAGCGAGGCGGAGAAUUUGUAUACUUGUCAUGAGCUUUGA